UUCAUUUUUUUUAGUUUCUUCAAAGUGUUGGAGUACCAGAAGAUUUCACCAUGAUCGAUGUUGUCGAUUUGGACGAUGAACAUUUGGAAAACCUGCCGAAGAAAGUCAAAGCUGUCUUAUUUUUGUUUCCCGCCGGAGAUCAGCACGACGAGCACUGUCAAAGUGAACAGGAACAGAUAGACGCCGAGGGUCAAGUGGUCAGCGACAGAGUUUACUUCAUGAAACUGGACGCAAACAAUGCCAGUGGGACAGUAUCCCUCAUCCACGCCGUGGCUAAUGCAGACGAGGAACUGGAGCUCGCCCCUGAUUCCACUCUUAAAGAAUUUUUAGAUCGCACCGCAGACAUGUCUCCAGAAGAAAGAGGACAAGAACUUGAAAUGGACGAAAAUCUAUGUUGUGUCCACGAAGAGGUUGCAAAAGAGGGUCAAACAGAAGCACCGGAACCCGAUGAAGAAACAAAACUACAUUUUAUAACAUUUGUAGCAGUGGAUGAACAACUUUACGAAUUAGAUCCACGUAAAAAAUAUCCAAUUAAUCAUGGUUCAACAAGUGUGGAUACCUUAUUAAAGGAUUCCGUGGCGGUGUGCAAAAAGUUCAUGGAGCGAGAUCCAGAGAACGUGAAUUUUUCGAUCAUGGCCCUGGUUGCGGGUGCGAAUGCUGACACGGAAGAAGAGGAAGUUGAAUAAGCGAGCAUGCUCCGCGCUGAAACACUCUGCACUAUGAAGCCAGCUUAGAAGUCUUCAAGUUGCACAAGUAAAACCAAAAGAAGCGUCUGCUAGCAACUUUAGAUAGAUUUGUUCUCCUGCCAUUGCUGUGCCUCUGCGACAAAAGUGAUAUCGCCAUUUCUCCUCCAACCUGUGGAUGCGAUACUUUGUAUGCAUUUCAGAUAUGGACACUAUUCUUCUCUUCACAAUGGUUAUUUGAAAAUGUGAAAUUUGUAUGACAUAACUUUUCUGUACGGAGAGCACACGUGCUUAUCGAAUAAAUUAUCUACUAUCCAUCAAA